AUGUAUUUUUGCAGCGAGAAGCGCGAUGAGAUGCGCGCGCAGAACCCUCAGUGGAACACGAACGAAGUGAAUCGAGCGCUGGUGAAUAUGUGGAAUCGCAUGUCGGAGGAGGAGAAGCGGCAUUUUGAGAUGAGUGCUUUCGACGACAAAGACCGAAUUCGAAGAGAACUCGAGAAGGUGAAGCAAACGUGCGCACGCAGCGAGCGAUUCAUGGAAUAG